GAUCCUGCCCAACCUGACCGUUGCAUCCAGCGCCUUGGCAUGCACGUCGCUACCUCGGACAUGGGCCGGAAGGAUGGCUACUUUGGCAAGCGCAUUACAGUGGAGCUUGCUCAGGGCUGGGUGCAGGAUGCAGGAGCCCUGCAACACCUCGACGACGAUGGAUUCCAAAUGUUCCUGGGGUUUUCGCACAAAUGCACCGGCUUGGCUCAGGGUUGCGCCCUCAUGGCCUCCAGGUCCAACUUCAUGGCCUGGAUCAAGAAGCAGUGGAAGGAGAAACCACGGCUGGCCCAUGCCCAUGUCAAGCCACAGGCUGGCCCACAGAAGGAGACGCAGGACUCGCAAUUCCGCGCUGUCAGCGAUCCUCAGGGCAUGUUGGAGCUAUAUCGGGGGCAGCGGGAUAAGAUUUGGACAGAGCGAGUUUACAACGCGACCGAUUUUCGCCAUUGGCGCAGUCAGCUCCUGGAAGACGCUCACGCCCAAGAACUGCCAGCUAUCACCUUGGACCAAGUGGAUGGUGCACUCAAGCCCAUGGCUCCUGGAAAAGCGCCAGGCAUUGAUGUACUGGGCCCUCGUGAUGUGCAGCGCCCUCCCGGUAUUGCGCGACGACAGCUGGUGGAUAUUCUCAACAAGGCCGAGCGUGGAGGCGCCUGGCCGACCGCCAUCUCCAGGGCUCUUGGGACCGCCAUCCCCAAGGAAGCGGGUGGCUGCCGCGUCUUGGGCUUGCUGUCCUUGCCCUUCAAGCUGUGGAGCCGCAUUCGCACUGCGCCCUCAACUGCAUGGUCUGAGAAGCAAGGUGCACUCUGGGAUACUGAGAUGACUGGGAGUUCGGCACUACGUGCUGCGUUUGCGCGCGCCGUCGUGGAUGAGUGCGCCAACGAGCUCUGCAUCCAGCAUGCCGCGCUAUUCCUGGACCUGCAGAAGUUCUACGACUCGACCUGUUUCGUCCUCCUCAUGCAGGCGAGCCGCUCUUUGGGCUACCCUGCGACCAUCACAGUGAUGGAGGUCACCAUGUACGCCUCCCCCAGGAUGUUCAAGAGGUCGCAAUGUGUGGACAUGGCUAACGCCUUCCUGCAUGGGAUUUUGCAGAAGGCUCACGUUGUGUCCCUGACCACGGGGCUUUGGACAUUGAUUGAUGACGCCGUCUGCCGCAAUGAAGGUGUCGAGAUGAGGGUCGUCGGAGAUAUGCAAAUGGCUGCCGAAUCUCUGGCCACCUCCUUCCAGCAGGCUCGGCUCACCAUUUCGGACAAGACAAGACUGGUAGUGAGCUCGCCUGGCAUCGGGAAGGAGCUGAUCUUCUCGCUCACCGCAGUUGGUAUUCCAGUCAAACUAACUGGCUCAGCGGUGGACUAUGGCGUGGAUGUUGCAGGUGCUAAGAGGCGAAGCCAGAAGAAGUUCCGCGCGCGGCUCGAGAGGGCCAAGCUGCGCUCCAACCGGAUCCACAAGCUGCGCCGACUGCAUGGGAGGCACAAGGCGGCCGUUGCCAUUGUCAGGCAGACGGCGCUGCAAGCGACCCUCGGCAUCGACGACCCCGGGGUGCUACUGCGGCGGGCUCUGAAUACUGAGUGGAUCAGACUAUGGCUUGCGCAACCUGCUUUUCACACCCGGAUCAAGCGCGCCUGGUCUAUUGUCCGCGCCAAGCUGGGCGACGAGGUAUCCUGGCGCGGCAUUCGAGGGGAUUGGUCUUUUCCCACCGUGGGAAACGACGCCUUCAAGGACGCUGCCUUAGGCGACUUUGACGAGUUGCUCGCCGCUUCCUCUGCUGACGUUGCUCGGACUGGAUGGCGCAAGGCUGCUGCCCACCCCCGCGGCGAGACCCUCACUGGCGGUGCCGAUCUGCAGCUGGCACAGGCAGAAUUAAAUUCCUUCGCGAAGAAUG